UGGGUGUUGCAUGAUUGGAGCGAUGAGGAGUGCAUCGUAAUACUGAGGAAAUGCCGAGAAGCAAUCCCGGAGGGAUGGGGGAAAGUGAUAAUAGCAGAGGCGGUGAUUGGAGAAAAGGACGAGGUCGAUAAGUAUAACGAUGUUCGGUUGGCGUUGGAUAUGGUGAUGUUGGCACACACGGAGAAAGGGAAAGAGAGGAGUAUUGAAGAAUGGGAGUAUGUGGUGAAAUCUGCUGGUUUUAGCAGCUUCACUGUCAAACAUAUUCACUCCUCCAUUGUUUCUGUUAUCCAGGCUUAUCCAUGA